AUGGCGCAGCGAGGCGGGGGUCUGCGGGGCGGCGGGGGCGGGGGCGGAGACACGCAGAGGGCGCUCGAUGAGUUCGAGCAGAUGGCCGGGCUGCGGGGCCGCGCGGCCUACGUCCUGGAGCACCUGGCCACCUUCACUGUCACCAGGGAGACGGGCAUCGUGUACCCGGCCGACGGAAUGCGUAGGCUACUGCAGCUAGAGAAGACCAACGGAAUAUGGAGUCAAAAGAUGCAGUUAUGUUUAGAGGAUCAGUGGGUGCUUGUUAUGGACUAUGAAACAGGGUCCAUAAUGGAGCGGUUCCCGGCGUCGUACGUGCACUCGCCGACGGCGUUCACGUCGCCCGAGCCCGGCGAGCUGUACAACAACGUGCUGGCGUUCGUGGUGGGGGCGCCGGACGCGCGCCGCGAGCUCCACAUAUUCCAGUGCCACGACGUCGCCGCGCAGGCCCUCGUCGAGGAGCUCAACGCGCUCAAGGGUGUCGGUAGCGGCGCGUCAACGGACGGUGGUCGGGACUUCAUCAUAGAACGAGAAAGAGAGAGGGAAAGAGAAAAUGAGAUGGAAAGACCACGACGACAGCAAAUGUCGGCGCAGCUGGGGCGCGGGGAGCGCGCCGGCUCCGGGGGCGAGAGGGACGACGCGUCGUCGACGGGCUCCGAGCGGCUGUACGAGCAGGACAUCGCGAUCCUGAACCGGUGCUUCGACGACAUCGAGAAGUUCAUCGCGCGGCUGCAGCACGCGGCGGCCGCGUCGCGCGAGCUGGAGCGGCGGCGGCGCGCGCGCGGCGCCAAGCGCGCCGGCGACGGCAUGCUGGCGCUGCGCACGCGGCCGCCGCCGGAGCGCGACUUCGUCGACGUGCUGCAGAAGUUCAAGCUGUCGUUCAACCUGCUGGCGCGGCUGAGGGCGCACAUCCACGACCCCAACGCGCCGGAGCUGGUGCACUUCCUGUUCACGCCGCUGGCGCUGAUCGUGGACGCGGCGCAGGACGCGGCCGACGGCCGGCUGCCCUCCCGGGUGGUGCAGCCGCUGCUCACCCGCGACGCGCUCAACCUGCUCGCCAACUGCGUCACCAGCAAGGAGACCGAGCUCUGGCACUCGCUCGGCGACGCCUGGCUCGUGCCCAGGGAACAAUGGAAGACAACGAUUCCCCCGUACCAGCCGGUGUUCAUGGACGGCUGGUCUCCGGACUACCAGGUGGACGAGCAGCCGCUGCGAAGGGCCUCGCCGCGGCGCGACUCGUCGCGGGGCGAGCUGCGGGGAGAGCCGCGGGAGGGCGCCGCGGAGAGGGGCGACGGCUACGACUACGAGCGCGACGAACCGGACAUCUACACCGAUCAGUAUGGCUCCUAUCCCAGGAACGGGCGGUCGGGUGCGCGCGAGGACUCCGGCUCCGCGGCCUCCUCGCCCGAGCGGGAGCCGCGCCGCGACGAAGACGAGCUGGGCGAGGCGUGGGCGCGCGGCGUGGCGGCGCGCGGCGGGCGCGUGGUGCGCGUCACGUACCCGCGCACCGCCAACAACGACAAGGAGCUGUCCGUGGUGCGCGGCGAGUUCCUCGAGGUGCUGGACGACUCGCGCAAGUGGUGGAAGGCGCGCAACCGCCGCGGCGUGGCGGCCCACGUGCCGCACACCAUCGUGGCGCCCGCCUUCUCGCCGCCCUCCUCGCCGCACCUCUACCCCAACCCCAUCUACUCGCUCUACCAGGACGGUGGCGGGCGCGGCUCCGGCGGCAGCAGCCCCACCGGCGCUCCGGGUAGGGCGGGGACGGGCGCGAGCGGUGCGGGCGGUGCGGGGGGCGCGGCGGGCGCUGGGGGCGCUGGGGGCGCGGCGGGCCAGGAGCGCGGGGGCGCGGGGGCGCCCGCCGCCGCCGACUGGGUGCGCCGCGAGCGCCUCGGCAAGAAGGGCGAGUUCCGAUACUUC